AUGCACUCUCCGUCGACAUAUCUACCCGGGAUAGCAUCAAAGGCGGGUCAAUUUCUGGUAUCACGUGAUCUGAAUUGUCUUGCUACUGUCUUCAAUCUUGCUUCUUCCGGUGUUGUCGGACUCCGACAAGCUGCAUUAUCAUGCUGCAUGCAAGUGGCUCUAAAUUGGCGCACGGCUCCAAACCCGUCUCUUUAUUCCUCUUCAUCUUGCUUCACUCUAGUUGAUCAACGCACCCCAUUUUACCGGAAUAAACACAAGAUGAAGUUUUCGGUGCUUGCUCUCAAUGCUCUGGUUGCCUCGGUGACAGCCUCGUCGCUCUGGCAACAGCAUGUCCUCGGUGAUAACAAGGACGGCAUUUCGGCCGCUGACAUCUCUCUGUGGAAAGAGGUUGAACAGCAAUUCCCCGGGCAGAUUGCGUCCAAGAUGGAGGAGAUGGAGUCGCGAUUUGCGCCCAAGAAGACCACCAAACGAAAGGCCAACUGGAUUUCCACCACUUCUCUCAAUGGCAACACACUGAGAGUGGCUGAUCCCUCGUCGCUAGGAGUGGACACUGUUCAGCAAUAUUCUGGCUAUGUGGACAUUGAAGAGGAAGACAAACAUCUGUUCUACUGGUUCUUUGAGUCCCGAAAUGACCCCAAGAAUGACCCCGUCAUUCUGUGGCUUAACGGAGGUCCCGGAUGCUCUUCCAUGACUGGCUUGUUCUUUGAACUUGGCCCCUCCAACAUCAACGAGGACCUGACUCUGUCUCACAACGAGUUCUCCUGGAACCAGAACGCCUCGGUUAUCUUCCUAGACCAGCCUGUCAACGUGGGCUUCUCCCACUCCCCCAACCGAAUCAAGAACUCCCGAGAUGGAGCCAAGGACGUCAACACCUUCCUCAACCUCUUCUUCGACAAGUUCCCUCAGUACAAGGACCUCGAUUUCCACAUUGCCGGUGAAUCUUACGCUGGUCACUACAUCCCUGCUAUUGCUACUGAAAUCCAGUCCAACAGACACACCAACAACUUCAACUUGAGCUCUCUGCUCAUCGGAAACGGUAUCACCGACUCUCGAACCCAGAUUGAGGGAUACGAGCCCAUGGCCUGCGGUAAGGGCGGCCAUCCUGCAAUUCUAUCCCCUGAGGACUGUAACAAGAUCCACGAGAGCGUGCCCAAGUGCCAGAAGCUCAUUGAUCUGUGCUACGAGACUAACACCCGGUAUGCCUGCGUCGCUCCCUCCGUCUACUGCGACAAUGCCAUCUUCAGCUCCUUCUCCAAGACCGGUCUGAAUGUGUACGAUAUUCGAGAGCAGUGUGGUGAGUCCGCUCUGUGCUACAGUCAGAUUGAGUGGAUCACAAACUACUUGAACCAGGACCACGUUCUGGAGGCUCUAGGAGCCGAGAUUGAGGUCUUUGAGGGCUGCAAGAACUCUGUGGGUGUUGACUUUGGUUUUGAUGGUGAUGGAAACCGUCCUUUCCACGGAGACAUUGCCGAUCUGCUGGACGAUGGACUUCCCAUUCUCAUCUAUGCCGGUGACAAGGACUUUAUCUGCAACUGGGUAGGAAACAAAAUGUGGACUGAUGCUCUCGAGUGGACUGGAGCCGAGAAGUUUGGCAAGGCCGAGAUUCGAAACUGGACCGUCAACGGAGAGAACGCUGGAGAAGUUAAGACCGCUAAGGGACUCACCUAUCUGCGAGUCUACGAGGCCGGUCAUAUGGUUCCUUUCAACCAGCCCGAGGUUGCUCUGGACAUGGUCAACCGGUGGGUUGGCAAGUAUGAGUAUGAGGAGUAA